GCCAGCCCUCAUCUUUCGACAACACCCAUCCGUCUCAGCGCCAACCGACAAAAUGACGAAGCCAGUUGUCAAGUCAACUGUUCCAACACAAGACCAGGUCCUCGUUCCUGAGACUCUGUUGAAGAAGAGAAAGAGCCAGGAGAAGGCUCGAGAACAGCGCAGCGCUGAAAUCGAGAAGAGGAAGAAGGCCAACAAGGAAAAGCGUGGCGUUAUCUUCAAGCGUGCCGAGUCAUACGUCAAGGAGUAUCGCGAUGCGGAGCGCGAGAAGGUCAGACUUGCUCGCCUGAGCAAGCAAAAGGGCAGCUUCUUCAUUGAUGAGCAGCCCAAGCUUGUCUUCGUUAUGAGAAUCAAGGGUAUCAACAAGAUCGCCCCCAAGCCUCGCAAGAUCCUCCAACUCCUCCGACUUCUCCAGAUCAACAACGGUGUUUUCAUCCGGUUGACCAAGGCCACCCAAGAGAUGCUCACCAUUGUCAACCCAUACAUUGCCUAUGGCUACCCCAACCUCAAGACCGUCCGAGAGCUCAUCUACAAGCGUGGAUACGGAAAGAUUGACAAGCAGCGAAUUGCCCUUACCGACAAUCAGCUCAUCGAGGACAACCUGGGCAAGUAUGGCAUCGUCUGCAUGGAAGACUUGAUCCACGAGAUCUUCACUGUCGGACCCAACUUCAAGCAGGCAAGCAACUUCUUGUGGCCCUUCAAGCUGUCCAACCCCAACGGUGGUUUCCGUGCCAGAAAAUUCAAGCACUACAUCGAGGGUGGUGACCUUGGUAACCGAGAGGAGAACAUCAAUGCUCUCAUCAGACAGAUGAACUAGAAUCUGUGAAUGGCUAUGGAUGGCUAGACAGAUCUGAUGAAUGAUGGGGCGUUGCCUUUUUACGUACAGUGGCAUGCAAGACUGUCCAUAGCAUGGAUAGUUUGCAAGGUGCAAACAUGGGAAUAGGCGCUAGUUGUGCUCAAUCAAUCGAAUGAAAAGUGAAUCUGCACCCAGUCAUUAGAUGAAAUCAUCUUUUCGAAUACCAGCCCCUUCUCGGUGUUGUACUAUGUAUAUAGCUGGGCCUAAGUGUCCUUCGAUUUCCUUUCUAUCAUGUGCCCG